ACCUCAGCAGCCGAGGCCAGUGUCUCCAGAGCCCAGCUGUGUGUCCAUGAAGAGUGACACGUCUAUGGGACAGGGUCCUGACUUCAGCAGUGAACCUCCACAGUCACACCCAAAACCUCAGCAGCCGAGGCCAGUGUCUCCAGAGCCCAGCUGUGUGUCCAUGAAGAGUGACGUGUCUAUGGGACACUUUCCUAACUUCAGCAGUGGACCUCCACAGUCUCACCCAAAACCUCACCAGCCCAGGUCAGUGUCUCCAGUGCCCAGCUGUGUAUCCAUGAAGAGUGACAGGUCUAUGGGAGAGGGUCCUGACUUCAGCAGUGAACCUCCACAGUCACACCCAAAACCUCACCGGCCCAGGCCAGUGUCUCCAGUGUCCAGCUGUGUGUCCAUGAAGAGUGACUGGUCUAUGGAAGAGGGUCCUAACUUCAGCAGUGAACCUCCGCAGUCACACCCAAAACCUCACCAGCCCAGGCCCAUGUCUCCAGUGCCCAGCUGUGUGUCCAUGAAGAGUGACAGGUCUAUGGGACAGGGUCCUGACUUCAGCAGUGAACCUCCGCAGUCACACCCAAAGAUGGAGCAGUCUUUGAGGAGGAAGUCCAUGGAUGCUGAUGUUCACUUCAAAGGAGGCACUCCUCUAAGGCUCACACAGCAACUUGAUCAAGUGCAGGAAAUGCACCAGAUCCACAAGUCUCAUCUGCAGAAGAGGUUUCAGUGUCUGAUUGAGGGCAGCAUAGAGCAGGGAAGCUCCACAGAACUGAAUAAGGUCUACACAGAUCUCUACAUCACAGAGGGGGGGAGAGGAGAGGUCAAUGAUGAACACGAGGUCAGACAGAUAGAGAGAGCAUCCUGGAGAGAAGAGGAAUUAGGCAGACCAAUCAAAUGCAGUGACAUCUUUAAACCUGGAUCUGAAAAAGACGAACACAUCAGAUCAGUGCUGACUAAUGGAGUGGCUGGCAUCGGAAAAACGGUCUCUGUGCAGAAGUUUGUUCUGGACUGGGCUGAAGGGAAGGCCAAUCAGCAUAUCCAUUUCAUAUUUCCUUUUCUUUUCCGGGAGCUGAACAUGAUGAAGGAUAAAACAUUCAGUCUGGUGGGUCUUAUCCAGCACUUUUACCCCAAGAUAAAAGCAGAAGAAAUACUCACCAGUUCAAAGCACAGAGUAAUGUUCAUCUUUGAUGGUCUGGAUGAGUGUCGACUUCCUCUGCAUUUUAGCCUUAGCUCAAAGUGUGGUGAUGUGACAGAGCAAGUGUCAGUUGAUAAGUUGCUGACAAACCUCAUCCAGGGCAAUCUGCUUCCCUCUGCUCUCCUCUGGAUCACCACCCGACCAGCAGCAGCCAGUCAGAUUCUUCAGAAGUGUGUGAGCCAGGUGACAGAAAUAAGGGGAUUCAACAAUCCACAGAAAGAGGAGUACUUUGGGAAGAGAAUCAGUGAUGAGAAUCUGGCCAGCAGAGUCAUCAGACACCUGAAGUCAUCCAGGAGCCUCUACAUCAUGUGCCACAUUCCAGUCUUCUGCUGGAUUGCAGCCUUUGUUGCAGAGAGAACAUCAGAAGAAUCAGACAAAGCUGAAAUGCCAAGGACUAUGACUCAAAUGUACAGCCGCUUUCUCAUCAUUCAGACCAGCAUUAAAAAGGACAAGUACACAGAGAGAAAAGAGACAGAAGAAGAGAUCAUUUUCAAACUGGGGAAACUGGCCUUUCAGCAGCUGGAGAAGGGAAACCUGAUCUUCUAUGAGGAAGACCUGAGAGAGGCUGGCAUUGAUCUCACAGAAGCUUCAGUGUACUCAGGAGUGUGUACUCAGAUCUUCAGAGAGGAGAAGGAUGUUUACCAGGGAAGGGUGUUCAGCUUUGUGCAUCUGAGCAUCCAGGAGUUCCUGGCAGCGUUGUAUGUGUUUCUCUGCUUCAGCAACAGAGAGAGAAACAUGUCUGACCAACAGCAAAUCUGUCAGCUCUCUGCUCUGUUCAGAGCUGCAACACUUCAUGACCUGCACAAGACUGCAUUGGAUCUGGCCUUACAGAGUAGGAAUGGACACCUGGACCUUUUCCUCCGCUUCCUUCUGGGCCUCUCACUGGAGUCCAAUCAGAACCUCCUAAAACACCUGCUGCCAAAGACCAGCAGCCAGUCAAGUAGCUCAGUGCAGACAGUCCAGUGUGUCAAAGAAAAUAUCAGAGGUGAGAGUAGUUCAGACAGAAGGAUCAACCUGUUCUACUGCCUGAAUGAGCUGAAUCAGCAUGCUGUAGUGGAGCGCAUUGACAGGGAGGGAGGACAGCUGUCUGUAGAGAUGCUUUUACCAGGAGAGUGGGGGACUGUGGAAUUUAGACUCAAAAUAUCAGAAGAGCAGCUAAAUAGGUUCGACCUUCAGAAAUACAUGACGAUAACAAAGAAAGACCAGACUGAAAUCCUCAGCCCUGAUGAUGUUCUUCAUAAGCUAGUGCCAGUCGUCCAAACAUCUACCAAGGCAAACUGGAUCGCAAUGAUCUGCGUGACUCUGGAGUGGAACUCUUAUGUUCUGGACUUCAACACCAACACUGCAGACUGGAAACACUGUGAGCUGCACCUGGGGUAUAAUGACCUGAGAGCCUCAGAUGUGGAGCAACUCUCUGCUCUACCGCCACCGGCUAGCCACCUCUCCGGGGGUGGUGAAAAGAGGAGCCGAGCGCGUAAGCCUCCUCUGCUGGUACACAGCCUCUCCAUUGCCAAGACCUGUACACGCCUCCUCGUGGCCACGCACGGUAACUGGUACCUUGCGGUUCCAGGCAAAGCUGUAUGGGAUCUCGGAGUAGCAGGGGGCCCCAGAGACGCGGCAUGCAGGCCCGCUCUAGUGUGGACACGCCCUGCUGCCCGUCAACCCCUGCCCCAGCUAUGGGUAAAUAGCAAAGACCUCAACGGCGGACCAGGCGGAGGAUGA